GACGCGUGCGUGGCGGAACUAUACUUGUAAACAUCGAACCAAGCGAUCGAAAUAGACGUAAUUUAGUGGCGAGCGUCAAAGUGGACGUUAAAAUAGUGAAUAGAGAGAGAUGCAUGCAUGCAUACUACGCAUGUUUGGAAAGAUAAUAAACGUGUCACGUGAUCGCGGAAAUCAGCGGGGAUGAAAGAACGCUUUGUCGCGAUCGUCCGACGUUCUUUUACGUGAUACGUCUUAACUUGUAAGAAGAAAAAAAAAGUCGUGGUGUUCUCCAGAUUUCUUGCACGCAGUAUGGAUCACGCUGACAGGAACUCUGAUCAAGAUAAGGUGUCGGUUGUGAAAAUAGACAAACUUUAAUUUAUACAGCAAAAGUGCAGGUAUAUCGGCGCAUAAAUCAACACUUUCUGAUGUCUCACUGGAGAAGAUAGCACAUACAUAUUAUUCCAUUUCAUCCGUUAAACCGAGCUGAUGCAACCUGUAGCGAGCAAAUGACAACAUAGAGUAUUAUAUUACGUUGACGUAAAACAUAAUAUAUUUUGAUUAUUUUUCCCAUAUUUUAUAUCAAUCGGACGAUCCGUUUAUCGAGACUGCAAAAAUGACACGCAAUACCACGGAGAAUCUCUUAAAAGAGGCUGCCAUCCAGAUUGGUGCUGGUGGAUCGGCAGGUUUUAUCGAAGUUUGCAUAAUGCAUCCAAUGGAUCUUGUUAAAACGCGUUUUCAACUCCAAGUGAAGACAACCAAGUCAGAUCCAUUAUAUUAUACAGGAAUUCGGGAUUGUAUGACUAAAAUGUACAAGACUGAAGGAUUACCGGCAUUUUGGAAAGGAAUUUUGCCCCCGAUACUUGUAGAAACUCCCAAACGUGCAGUUAAAUUUUUUACGUUUGAGCAAUAUAAACAGUUUUUCUUAUUCGGCGCUAGUGCACCCACUCCGUUGACAUUCUCAUGCGCUGGUUUCUUUGCCGGUGUUACAGAGGCUAUAUUAGUUAAUCCUUUCGAAGUGGUCAAAGUAAAACUACAAUCUAAUCGAAAGCACGUGAAAGAAAGCCCGUCAACAGUCGCAGUGACAAAAGAGAUAAUUUCAAAGUAUGGAUUGAACGGUCUGAACAAAGGGCUUUCAGCCACCAUAAUGAGAAAUGCGGUGUUCAAUUCAUUUUAUUUUGGUUUUUAUCAUUCUGUUAAAGGAUAUAUACCGGCCAGUAAAGAACCUUGGCUGGAAUUCUUAACUAAAGUUGCUAUAGGAUUCGUCUCGGGUACCGUCGCUUCCUGUUUAAACAUACCGUUUGACGUGGCUAAAAGUCGCAUUCAGGGACCACAAGAUGGUAAGACGCAAUACAAAGGGACACUGAACACCAUGCGUAUUGUUUACAAGAGAGAAGGAUUUAGAGCCUUGUACAAAGGCUUGGUGCCAAAGGUGCUGAGAUUAGGUCCAGGCGGUGCCAUUAUGCUUGUAGUAUAUGACUACAUGCAUGUAUUUCUUACAAAAAAGUUCAAAGACUAACAUCUUCACUGCAUUUUAACAAGCUGUGAGGUAGCUAUAAGUAUAAGUUACUCUUUAAAAUGCAUUUAAUAUAUAUAAAUAUGUUUAUUAUAAUAUAUAAUGUAUAUUUUUUAAUGUAAAAACAAGAUAUAGAUUCAUAUAAUUUUUUAAUCAUAAAAAUAUAAUUCUUUACAUGUUAUAUGUGUCAAAUAAACGACCUUUUUAUAAUUUUA